AUGGACAAGAUUAGCCUUCUUUUUGGAGCUCUUGUCUUGGUUUUGGAAUUGGUGAUCCUUGUUCCGGCUUUAGGGUUAUCUGCCCUCCUCUUCUGGAUCGUUUGUUUUGUGAGUUUUAUAGCUGUUUACUCGUACGCAUUCCUCAAAACAUUGUUUACAAGGGCAGUUGGAGGAGUAGUUCACGCCUUUGAAAAUUUGAAAGAGUAUCUGUCCGCUGUCUGCUGCUUUGCAAUGGAAUCUGAUGAGGGUCAAACUGGGUUAUCCUAA